AAAAAGCUCCUGUGCUUGCCGGAGCCCCCUCAGUGUGCAAGCUUAGAGGGAGCUGGGCCUGCGUGGAGCUGCAGCGGACCCACAGACCCAGGAUGCAGGCCCUGGUGCUACUCCUCUGGACGGGAGCCCUCCUUGGGCACAGCAGCUGCCAGAACAUCGCAAGCAGCCCGGAGGAGGGCUCCCCGGCCCCCGACGGCACCGGGCCGCCGCUGGAGGAGGACGACCCCUUCUUCAAGGUCCCCGUGAACAAGCUGGCGGCGGCCGUUUCCAACUUCGGCUAUGACCUGUACCGCCAGAGGUCCGCCGAGAGCCCCACGGCCAACGUGCUCCUGUCGCCGCUCAGCGUGGCCACGGCGCUCUCGGCCCUCUCGCUGGGAGCCGAGCAGCGAACAGAAUCCCUCAUACAGCGGGCGCUCUACUACGACCUGAUCAGCAACCCGGACAUCCACGGCACCUACAAGGAGCUUCUGGCCGCCGUCACGGCCCCGCAGAAAAACCUCAAGAGUGCCUCCCGCAUCAUCUUUGAGAGGAAGCUGCGGAUCAAAUCCAGCUUCGUGGCACCGCUGGAGAAGGCGUAUGGGACCAGACCCAGGGUCCUGAGUGGCAACCCUCGCUUAGACCUUCAGGAGCUCAACGGCUGGGUGCAGGCCCAGAUGAAAGGGAAGGUGGCCAGGUCUGCCAGGGAGGUGCCCAGUGACAUCAGCAUUUUCCUCCUCGGCGUGGCUUAUUUCAAGGGGCAGUGGGUAACAAAGUUUGACUCCAGAAAGACUUCCCUCCAGGAUUUCCACUUGGAUGAGGAGAGGACUGUGAAAGUCCCCAUGAUGUCAGACCCCAAGGCCACUUUACGCUAUGGCUUGGAUUCUGAUCUCAACUGCAAGAUCGCCCAGCUGCCCCUGACCGGAAGCAUGAGCAUCAUCUUCUUCUUGCCCCUGAGACCAACUCAGAACUUGACCUUGAUAGAAGAGAGCCUCACCUCUGAGUUCAUUCAUGACAUAGACCGAGAGCUGAAGACUAUCCAGGCAGUCCUGAGCAUCCCCAAGCUGAAGCUGAGUUUUGAAGGCGAAGUCACUAAGGCCCUGCAGGAGACAAAGCUGCAACCCUUGUUUGAGUCACCUGACUUCAGCAAGAUCACAGGCAAGCCCAUCAAGCUCACUCACGUGGAACACCGGGCUGGCUUUGAGUGGAAUGAGGACGGGGCGGCAACCAGCCUGGGGCCAGCAGUGCAGCCUGCCCGCCUCGCCUUCUCCCUGGACUACCACCUGAACCAGCCUUUCAUCUUUGUGCUGAGGGACUCGGACACAGGGGCCCUGCUCUUCAUAGGCAAGAUUCUGGACCCCAGGGGCACUUAAUGCUCUGGUUUAAUGUCCCAGUACCCUAAGAGAAAACCCCAGAGGGAUGGCAGAUUAUACAUUACAUUAAGGCUGCCGUGGUAAUGUUUCAGUGUAUACUUUGCAAUAAAAGAGCUUUAUCUUUCA